AUGGGUUUUCGAGAGAAUGCGCACAGCAAGGUCGUUGUACGAGAAGAUUUGGUCGAAGGAAAAGGGUUGUGCUACAUUUACAGCGAUAACACCCACUGCCCAAAGUCAGUCAAUGGCGACAUCGUUAACCCCAAGUGGGGGACGACCAAGGCAGGGAAGCCUAGAAAGAGGCUGGGUCAAGCCUGCAACACCUGUCGCGAGAAGAAGAUCCGCUGCGAUCCCCAAAUCCCAAAAUGCGCGCAAUGCCAAAAGUUUGGACGGGAGUGCAAAUUUGAGCCAGGUGUUCGAGGCUCCCAGCGUAGCACACGAGGCUCAUCGCCUGGUGAUGCGCCCUCACUCCAGGAACGCCGAAACAGCAUUUUCCACGACCGACACGGCUCCGAAACCUCUGCCGGUCAAACUAGUGCAACAAGGUCCUCGAUCAACGUUGAUCACUUGCUAUCACCCGCGUCCACUCACUCUCUCGGGUCACACGAAUCGCCUCCAGGUAAGAGGCGCAAGUUCUCCACCUCACCCAACAUAGACUCGCGUCCGGUCGCAACGCCUCGACCGGUCCCGAACGACAGAACCUUUUCUCCCAACGUUGACCCAUUUUCAUGCGAUCCUCAGAUGACUAUGCAUUAUAUCGGAAGUUUCUUGACGAACUUUAAUGGCAACUUGUAUCAGAUCUUCCCGACCGAUAAAUUCGUUGCCUGGCUUCAGAACGCGGCAGCCAAGUCGAGCAGCGAUAUGUUGCUGAUGUACACUAUGAUGGCUUUUGGUACGAUUUUUGCAGCGGCACCUUCCGUGGAGGAGCGACAACACGACCGCGACGUCUUCUUGAGGAUCGUUGAUGAAGCUAUGAACAGGCAAUCAAGCAGGCCAAGUUUACAGAUGGUCCAGUCCCUGGUCUUGCUUUCAUUGCUGCGGUUCUCACGGGGCCAGCUUGAGGAGUCGAGAGAAUUAUGCACUUCGGCAAUGCGAUUAGGGACAGAUAUCGGCCUGAGCCGAGAACGAAUCGAGUCCGUGGAGCCCUACUUCGGUCUCGAUGCACAUACAUCGGACGAGUGCCGGAGGCGUACGUUCUGGGUCGCAUACAUCGUCGACACGUUGCUUCAGUAUUAUGUCGCUUGGCAAGGUCGCCCCAUCAGCGUUGACUGCAAGCUACAAGUACCAUGCAGCCAAACCCAGUAUGACGAUGGCAGCAUCCCACAGCUCCCGGUAGCCGAGUUUCACGGGCUGGAUCCUCACGACAUUCCAUUGGAUAACGGAAGUUCCGUCCUCACUAAGCUUGUUGGCGGGAUUGCCAUACUUCGCGAUAUUGUCUCUUGGGUCAAAUGCCUCAAAGACAUGGAUGUGUCUCAGAUUCAGGCAUCACAACAGGAUUUCCAAGACCAGAUCAACUGGCGAUUGGCGGCAUGGAAACAAAAGGUCACCGGCAUGACGCAAGCAGAAGAAGACCGAAAGCUUGCAGAGGGCAAGAAGGUAGAUCCUGACGAAUUACUUAUAGUGUACCACCUUGGAAAGAUGGUAUUGCAUCGACACGUCCGACAUGAAUUCAUGACGAGGCAGCAGGUUGAGAUGAAUUGCCGCGAGGUUCGCAGCCACGCGUACGCCUUGCUGCAGCUCCUCCAUACACUCCAUGAGAGGAGCAAUUUUGAUGAACGGACACCGCUCACGGCAUGUCCUGUGGCAGGAUACGCAGCAUUUGUGGCGGUCGACAUCAUCACGGCCGCGGGAUCCAUGUCCAGCGUGCUGGAGAGUUCGGCCGAGGAUAUCUACGAUGGUCUCCACCACGAGCGGAUGGACACGGGCGCCCACGACACCUUCAUGGACCUGGUGCCGACGGCGUCGGAAGCACUGGUAAACUUGGGUCAGUACUGGGACACGGCGAGACGGCAGGGCGAGCUCGUCACUUCACGAUUCCAGACCGUGCUCAUGGCCGCGAAGACGGGGUCAUCGAGUCAGAAGGCGGCAUAUUUUAUUCGGAACUCUUUCUGCAGCCCAUUUGGGAUGGAUAUGGAUGUGAUAUAUGGCAUUACGAAACUGGCACUGUUCAAGGCGCUGGGGAUGGGAGAUCGGGUCCGCAAUCAGUUCGAUCUGUAUGAAAUUCAGGGGUAA